UCUAAAAAAGGGAAAAUGACACUAGAGAGAAUUCUGUCGAUAAGUGUUGUCCUUGGAUUUAAACGCACUAUGAUUUGAAGCUAACGAUGAUUUUUUUCCCCCCUCCCUGCUUUUUCGAUUUUUGUGUGCAACUGGACAUUUAUUUGCGGAUGGCCUGGGUAUAACUGUUUUGCUGGCAAUUUCGAUGACCUUUUGUUUUCCUCUGGUAUAAAUUGGUUUGUAUGAUGGUGACACGAAGAAGGUUGCAUAGCCGCUAACUAGUGACCAGUACUGCAGUGAGUUUCAGAUAUACUGGGUGCCGGCCAGCUACCGCAGGUCUAGGCUUUGGUUGCGAAUGUGAAGCGGAUCUCUCCUGGUACCAUGGUAGAAUUAACAUCUUUAACUUCUUACUGGCCUCUCGCGCGAUUCCUGCUUCCGCUCGCUAUAACCAAUAUAGCCAUCGAUUUUGGAGAACAGGCCCUGAACAGAGGCAUCACCUCAGUAAAGGAGGACCGUGUGCAGAUGCUAGCCAGCUAUGGGCUGGCCUACUCCCUUAUGAAGUUCUUCACUGGACCCAUGGGCGACUUUAAGAGUGUUGGCUUGGUGCUUGUACACAGCAAGAGAGACAGGAGCAAGGCUGUUUUCUGCAUGGCUGUGGCUGGUACCAUAGCCAUGAUUCUCCAUAUUCUCAUAGCUUACACAGACCUGGGAUAUUAUAUCAUCAACAAGCUCCACCAAGUGGAUGAAUCCGUUGGCAACAAAACACGAAGAGCCUUCCUGUACCUUGCAUUGUUUCCCUUACUGGAUGCAAUGGCCUGGAUUCACGCCGGCAUCCUGCUGAAGCAUAAACACAGCCUUCUGGUGGGCUCUGCCUCCAUCUCAGACGUCGUGACGCAGAUUGUGUUCGUGGCGGUCCUGCUCCACAGUAAGCUGGAGUGCGUCGAACCCUUGCUCAUUCCCAUUCUGUCCCUGUACAUGGGCGCACUGGUGCGCUUCACCAUGGUGGGACUGGGCUACUACUGCAGCGUCCACGACAGUAUCCCCGAAUCCAGCCACCUGGAGAUGGGGGGGGACACCACCAUCAGGAAGAUGCUGAGCUUCUGGUGGCCAUUGGCGCUCAUUCUGGCCACGCAACGCAUCAGCAGGCCCAUCGUCAACCUGUUCGUGUCCCGAGAUCUCAAAGGCAGCACCAUGUCCUCAGAGGCUGUGGCGGUGCUCACUGCCACUUACCCUGUGGGCCACAUGCCCUAUGGCUGGCUGACUGAACUACGGGCCAUCUUUCCUGCCUUUGACAAGAAUAACCCCACCAACAAAUUAGCUGGUGGUAUUCCAGUUACCAAAUCUCAUAUCAAGAGGUUCACUUUCACCUGCUUUGCCCUCUCCUUAAUGCUGUGCUUCAUCAUCUUCUGGACUCCUGGAGUGUCCGAGCGUAUCCUGGUAGACGUGAUCGGGGUGGAUGCUCCUUUCGCACAACUAUGCAUCGCUCCCCUCUGCAUCUUCUCCUUCUUCCCUGUGCCAGUGACCAUCCGUGCCCAUCUGACCGGCUGGCUGAUGACUCUGAAGAAGACGUUUGUGCUCGCCCCGAGUUCCGUCCUUCGAAUCGCCGUCCUCCUCACUAGUCUCAUAGUACUUCCCUACUUGGGGGUGCAUGGUGCUACACUGGGAGUGGGAUCCUUAUUGGCUGGCUUCUUGGGAGAAGCCAUGAUGGUAGCGGUGGGUGCCUCCUAUGUGUACCGGCAACAGUGGCAAAGUUCAGACACCGAGCCGGUGGUACAGGAAGAGCAGGGCGAAGACACUACCCCAAUGAGUGAGGUCACUUCCAGGAGGCAAUUAGAUGCCAUCCAAGAGAUCACAGAGGAAGAAGAGGAGGAACAGGGAGAAGAUUGAGUGAUUCGAAGGAUGAAAAUGGGGGGGAUGAGUAGUGGAACGUUAACCUGGGUUGGAGAGGAUGAAGUGGUCAAAUUUCUUGUUGGGUUUUUGGACUAUUAUCUAAAACAGCCAUGUUAACAUCUGUCUCUUGGAAUUUCUCCCACUCUUGAAGCAAAGCUAAUAGGCCACUGCAGCUUUGACACACAUCUCCAGAGGCACCUGGUCAAAGCCUGAAUGCACGUAUAUGCUACAGCACUUUCUGCACUAAUGGAGUCUUUUUGCACUGAGGUUCUGACAAGACUCUAGGCACAGUGGUCAGUGACCAAAGCCAUGGCCAAAACAGCAGUGUGGCCAAUUUAGAAGUGGCUGGAGGGUGUUCAAGCGCUCUCUCUCUCUCUCCAAUACCAAUAAUUGACAAAAGGUAGCUGCAGAAGGAGAUGAUGCCCCAAAAAACGUCACCAGCAGAUUCAACAAGGAGGGUUUAUUUGUGAUGGUCACAGAACUGCUGCUGAACUGAUUGGCUAUUCUUGUUUGGUAUUAAAUGCACAAUGGCUGUUAACGCACAACAGUUAAUCGAUCUAUAUCCAUGUAUAUAGUUUAUUUGGAUUCUAGUUUAAGCAGAUUAUACAUGUAUAUAUUUUAAAAAAAAAUUUAUUUUAUAAAUGAGGUAAAUUUUGAGCAUUUUGUUUUUUCUGG